GUAUUUACCAAUCGCCAGUAUUCGUAACUGGCAGGUAUAACUUAUGCGGAAUAUUCGGUUACGCAUUCUCCCGAAGUGUUUGGCUGUGUUCUCUGCCACGAAUAAGAAGGCUCAUUUAUCUGUUGGAGUUAUUUUUACAGUUGUAAUAUGGCAAUCUCAUGAUGAUGACCAAGCGGUUAAUGUUUAGGAGAAUGUUUUCUCUUCUGAUGGCUUCCACUGUGGGACUUGUAGUUUACAGCAAGGUAAUCGCCAUCAUGUCACCCAGGUUACAGGCAUCACGGAAUCCACGUAAAAUCGCCGACACGUCCAUCACGCCUGUCAAUGGCACCAGGCACUUCAUGGUGGGGGCCUACUUGGAACAUCGCGUGAGGAAACGCUCUGUACGCAUCAUCAGUAUCAUCCAUCAAGAAUCUAUCCAGCCUCUCUACUGUGUGUUCUACUGUGGAACUCACUGGGCAAAUGAAACUGAGGCAGAAGUCCAGCUUCACCUGGAAUUAUUUGCUAUUGGUUUCCCUUUUGUGGCGGCUGAUGUCCUCUGUCCCUGUCCUCCUGGCUGCAAUGUGUCACACGUGACCCUUUCCACGCGAUUCCACGUCAAACACCCCCAGGACCACACCUUCCUUCACAUCCGGAACCUUCAGACGAGGCAGGAAAAUGAGUCGUUUCAGUUUGACUUCACCGUCUGUGUAUCCAAUUUGUUUGGUGGAUAUAACAACGUGCUUCAGGUCACCCAGACUCUGGAGAUGUACAGGUUGCUGGGUGUGCAGCAUGUUGUGUUGUAUAACACCAGCUGUGGACCAGACCUGGAGAUCCUGCUACAGAGUUACAAACAGGAGGGAUUUGUGGAGGUGUUGCCCUGGCCUAUCGACCAAUACAUGAAACCCUCCCCUGGCUGGCUGUUUGGUGAACACGGUGGGGAAAUUCACUACUACGGCCAGCUGGCCACCCUGAACGACUGUCUCUACAGACAAAUGUACCGGUCUCGUUAUGUACUGCUGAACGACAUAGAUGAGAUUAUAACUCCAUAUCAGCAUGAAACCCUCCCUCAGCUGAUGGAGGAACUACAGAGGGAACACCCAAAGGCUGGAGUGUUCAAGGUGGAGAACCACAUCUUCCCCAAGACCCAAUUUGACCCCAUUGGAAGGUUUAGAUGCCACUGGAGGAAUAUUCCUGGUAGAAAUAUCUUGGACCACAUCUACAGACAGGAGCCAAGUAAUCCAUCUGGUCAAAUGAAGUUGAUCAUUCAACCCAGGGCUGUAUUGAAGACCUCCGUCCACUAUGUGAUGGACAAUCUGUUGGAGACUGUGCACCUUCCGCCCCAGGUGUGUCGUUUGCUCCAUGUCCGGGCUCCCCGUCCUGAAGUAAGCAAGAAGGAACUGCAUGAAGACCGGCGUCUCUGGCACUACUCGAGGCAACUGGUGCCCAAUGUAAAUAAAGCACUGCAACGAGCAGGUCUACUGAUCUGAGACGGACGAGGGAUGUCGACAAAGCACUGGAGUGAGCAGGGCUCGUUCCGUUGUUUGAGAAGAAUGGAAGGACUGAAACGAGUGGCGCUACUUUUGACAGGAGAAAGGGAGCCACAUAAACGGUGUAUAUAUUACCUUGCAAAAUUAACUUGACCCGUGCAUCAGGUUCUAUUUGUAUUCUGUUUUUGUGCUUGUGUCAAAUAAAGUUUUGAUAUGUA